UAUUAAUCGUAAUCGUCCAUAUUCUCCGAGAUAAUCACCAAAUCACAGAUCCUCCAAAGAAAAGAAGAGGACAAAUAAUCCCAGUAGUCAACACCCGAUAAAUUCAAAUCCAAAUCUCGGGAACGAUCACCAAAUGGCAUCUCUCCCACUUCUCCUCUUCCUCUUGCUAACCAUCAUCAUCGCCGUCACCCAAUCCAACGGCUCCCACGUCUCCGUCACCACCUUCGGCGCCAUCGGCGACGGCCACCACUACGACACUACAUCAAUCCAGCACGCCAUCGACGCCUGCGCCUCCUCCGGCGGCGGCCGCGUCCGAUUCCCCGCCGGAGGGAAGUAUCUAACGGCGACGAUCUUCUUGCGAUCCGGCGUCGUCCUCGAGAUCGAGAAAGGAGCUCAAAUCCUCGGCGGGCCGAGACAAGAGGAUUACCCAAAAGAGUCGGCGAGGUGGUAUGUUGUGCUGGCGGAGAAGGUUAAGGGGGCUGGGAUCACUGGAGGAGGUGAGAUCAACGGUCAGGGAUGGAAGUUCAUAGUGAGACCAGAUCCCAGGAAGAACAUAAUGGUGAGCUGGAAUUCAACUGGGGAUUGCUUGGGCGAUGAGUGCCGGCCUAGGUUAGUCGGGUUCAUUGACUCGACCGAUGUUCGGGUCUGGAAUGUCACGCUGAACCAACCCGCUUAUUGGUGCUUGCAUUUAGUUAGAUGCAGUAAUUCAGUGGUUGAAGAUGUGAGAAUUUAUGGGGAUUUCAACACGCCAAACAAUGAUGGAAUUGAUAUAGAGGAUUCAAACCACACAAUGAUAACAAGGUGCCACAUUGACACUGGAGAUGAUGCAAUUUGUCCCAAAUCCUCAACUGGACCAGUUUACAACUUGACUGCAACUGACUCUUGGAUCAGGACCAAGUCUUGUGCUAUCAAGUUUGGGAGUGCUAGUUUCUUUGAUUUCAGCAAGCACUACUACAAUAACAUCACCAUUUUUGAGUCACAUAGAGGCCUUGGCAUGCAGAUCCGUGAUGGAGGAAAUGUGAGUGAUGUUACAUUCUCAAACAUGAAAAUAAGCACAAGGUAUUAUGAUCCAUUAUGGUGGGGAAGAGCGGAGCCAAUAUACAUAACAAGCUGUGCAAGAGACUCUUCAUCAAAAGCUGGUUUCAUAUCCAACAUUAACUUUGUGAACAUCUCCUCUGUUUCUGAGAAUGGAGUCUUUUUAUCUGGCUCCAAACAUGCUCUUCUUAGCAACCUUAACUUCAUUAAUAUUGAGUUGGUGUACAAAAGAUGGAGCAAUUACUCUGGAGGGCUGUAUGAUUAUAGGCCUGGAUGUCAAGGACUUGUGAAGCAUAAUACUGCAGGGAUGAUGAUGGAGUACAUCUCUGGGUUGCAGAUCAAGAAUGUGAGUAUGAGAUGGUUUGGGAGUGGUUUCAAAGGGUGGAAUGAUCCUUUGGAGUUCAAAGCUUCAUCUGUUGAUAAGAUUUCUUUUCAUGAUUGGUCUUCUGAUGUCUUGUGAUUUGUUCUCUUUUGGUUUCUUUCAUGAUUUCAUCAUCUCUUUAUUGUGAAUAAGAUUAUAACUUUAUUGUAUCAUUGGUGUCAUUCAAUAAUAAAGCUGAUAAACAACAUGUUUAUUCUUUGAAA